CUUUGUUGUACGGCACCAAUUGAACAUCAGCCAGGCGGAGGGGCGGCGGGCAGUUGAGCUUCCAUGCUUCUAUGCUAGCAGGUCACAGAACUCAAGCACCACUAACUUUUGGCGGCACUUCUCGAAUUCCACUUUUAGGAAUAUAAACCAAGCACCACCGUUACAGCCAACCCAAGCCCGACUACGCUGUCAGGGAGGACAUCCUCGCCCGGCGUAGGGGCAGUUGAGACUAGCUUGGGUCAUCUCAUCUGGCGACGAUCGUCAGUCAGGCAUCGACGCCCCGAGCUUGGCUUUCCGCGACAAAUUGCGCGACUGGCUCUCGUGGUGUUUUCGGCACUUGAUCGGGCACAAACCGGCGCUGCAAUUCCCAGCACAAGUACUGCUGCCAAAGCAUAUUCUCUUCGAAUGCAGCUUCUACUCGAUUGACAGACGAUUUAUCGCAUUUCAAGCUCGCCAAGGCCGCACCCCCUAAGGCUCCGCUGUCCUCCAGCGCAGCAACGGAGCAAACGGCGCCCAGCUUUGGUACGCGUUCAAAGUCAUCAAAAUGAAUUCUUCGGGGGUCCCGAACAUACUGAGGCCAGGAGGCUCCCAGCGAAACGUGUCGAACACGCCACUGGGCUUGGCAGACAUUCGCCCGCGCGCGGAUUCGAGCCUCUCUGAUGGAAUUCCAGGCAGCGCCGCGUAUGAUGUCGCAAACACCCAAUCAGGUACCAGCAAUUAUAUGGCGCCAUGGGCUCUAUAUGCAUUUGACUGGUGCAAGUACCCUCCCCAGGGCAAUGGCGCUGGCAAACUGGCCAUCGGCAGCUACCUGGAGGAUGGUCACAACUUUAUACAAAUUCUAGACACUCAGGUGGUGCCUACGCCUCCCGAGGCAUACUCGCAGGGUGGAUCAAGAACGUGUCUUGAGUUCACCAAGGUUGCGGAGGCUACUCACUCAUACCCAGUGACGCGUUUGCUGUGGGAGCCACACUCACCGAACUCCCAAAAACAGUCCACGGAUCUACUAGCCACCUCGGGUGACCACCUUAGGUUAUGGUCGCUCCCCUCAGAUGCGUCGUCCUCCAUGAGCAACAACAUAAACAGAAGCAGUAGAGAUCCAGCCCCGCCGACGAAGCUCACGCCAUUGGCGUUACUCUCAAACUCAAAGACGCCUGACCAUACCGCCCCCCUCACCUCGCUCGACUGGAACCAGGUGUCACAGAACCUCAUUAUUACAUCCAGCAUUGACACAACUUGCACAAUUUGGGAUAUCCCAUCCUUGACCGCUAAGACGCAACUGAUUGCACACGACAAGGAGGUGUAUGAUGUCAGAUUUUGCGCCAACAGCGUCGAUGUCUUUGUCAGUUGUGGACAGGAUGGUAGCGUGCGCAUGUUUGAUCUGCGGAGCUUGGAGCACAGCACCAUCAUUUAUGAGCCGACGGGCAAGGACGAAAAGGACCCCUCAGGUGGCAGGAUAAGCCCAACACUCGCACAGCAGACCAUGUCCAACCCGCCUCCUCUGCUGAGGCUGGCAACUUCUCCUCACGAUACCCACCUCUUGGCGACUUUUGCCCAAGAUUCCAAUGUCAUCCGCAUCCUCGAUGUGAGACAACCUGGACAGGCUCUCUUGGAGCUGCGUGGUCAUGGCGGCUCACUCAACUGCAUUGAAUGGUCUCCUCUGAGAAGGGGAACGCUGGCUUCAGGAGCAGACGAUUGUCAAGUCCUGAUCUGGGAUUUGUUGCAAAACCAGUCUGCUGCUCCGCCACUCAACGGUGCUCCUCAACCCGAUAAUGUGAGGAGCCCUGUGGCCAGCUGGCAAUGCGACUACGAGAUUGGUAACCUCGGAUGGACUCCACAGCUGGCCAACAGUGAAAAUGGAGAGUGGCUUGGCGUUAGCGCUGGGCGUGGGAUCUGGGGUUUGAAGGUAUGAUGGAUGAUUUGAAAUGACGAGCUAAGCGAGAGCGAGAAGAAGAAAAAGAAAGACCUGCCCGACAUAUUUCGAACUCUGUUCUCGAACUGCUCGAGAGUUAAUGGCUUCGGAGCUCUUGGGCUUGGAGCUCUGCCACAUCGUUGAAGCAUCGUUGCAGAUGAAUUCCAUCCCCCAGGUUCUUUUCUACACUAUAUCGAGCACACUGUAGGAGAUAGAUGUCGUGUCCCUGAUUCGGUACCAUACGAGCUAGCCGCCUGCCAAACUAUCAAGACCAUCGAUCGGUCUUUUGGGGGCGCUGAACCGUCAAGCCUACAUCGGAUGUUAGGCGAUUGGAUGGCUUAUAUCGGGCCGGCCAAUCGGGUAUAGAUGCUUAGUAUAACCUUGAAUAAGCGCUUGUGCCAUUUUAAUUAAAUUCUGGUCGAGUCCCAAAGGCAUAUGAGUUUAUGAGUUGAGCAUUUAUACGGGCUUGC